UGUCAGUGCUGUCAACAAGUGUCUCAUUGAUGAAAAUACUGCAGGAGUUGUUUUAAAGUUGACUUCAACAUCAUAAAAGAUGACUCAGCAACCAUGACCCAGCUAGAGACAGCCAUGGCCCUCCUGAUGAAGACCUUUGAUACCUAUGCUGCUGGCGAGGGCAGUAAGGACUCCCUAACCAACAAUGAGGUCAAGACUUUGCUGGAGAAGGAGCUGCCUGGAAUGCUCAAGGCAGCAAAGAACCCAGGUGAGGUGGACAAGCUGCUGAAAGGUCUGGACUUUAACGGAGACUCUACAGUUGACUUCAACGAGUUUGUGGUGCUGGUAGCUGCUCUCACCUGCGCCUGCCACAACCGCAUGUGCAAGAAGUGAGCAGUACGGCUGCACCAUUGGGUGUGGGCCAGACAGCGCCAACAAUGAAA